UAAGGUGAGGAAUGAGGGCAGCAGCGGAUAGGUACAUAAAUACACAGAGGCAGGGCCAUGAGCACGCUGUGGGUUUGUGGCUGAGACAACACCUCCCAAACUGGUCGGUUGCUGGGGACUAAAAGAGCAGCAUGAAGGCAACAGGCACCUCGGUGCUCCUCAGCCUGCUGCUGCUGCUGUCGUUCUUCUCGGGUGUAGCAGCUCAAGACAUUGAAGAGAUCUGCAAAGAGUUCUUACACAGGAGUGUGUUCUGCACAAGGGAGUCCAACCCUCACUGCGGCACGGAUGGCGUGACGUACGGCAACAAGUGUGCCUUCUGCAAGGCUGUGCUGAGGAGCGGAGGGAAGAUACGAUUGAAGCACAUGGGGAAGUGCUGAGCCUGAGCACCAACCACUGAUCCUCAUCGGUCACAGGCACAGGAGCCUGGGCACAGCAGCAGCUGUCCUUGUCUCUGCCAUUCUGCUCAAUAAAAUAAAACUCAGCACACCUCUUUGGCUGG